UUGGCCAAAAAUGGCGAUUGGUUUACUUUUGAAGCAUCCAAGGUUGAUUCCGGCCUUAUUUCAUCUAUGGUUACCACACUUGGGACUUGGAAGAAUCGUUUUUUCUGGGUUUCCGAUACUAAUGUUCCAUUUAAAAUGGUGUGGCGACUCCCGGAUGCUGUUCUCAAUGAACCGGAACCCCUUGCAUCUGACUUGAAUGAUGCUUUUCUGAAAGCCAUUCGUGAAUGCCCUUCAAGGGUUCGUCCCUUUCCUGAGCAUUUGCUAGUUUUAUUAGGGGCUAGUAAGUUAUGGGAAAAAGCUAAUCGGGAUCCGGUUCUGAUGAGAGAUGGCACGGUUAUGUCUGCCUUGGAUUUCAUUAAGAGUGAUGAUACUUCGGAUGUGGUUUUUGGGGAUGUUUCUGUUAUCCCUGAUGAGAAUGUUGUGGUUAAAGGUGCUGAGCAAAGGUUUGAAGGUGCUGGGUAUGUUAGUGUUUCGAGUGUUAAGGGUUUUUCUAAACCUCUUGUCCCCAAGGCUUCAACCCGGCGAUCUGCUCGUCGUUUGAAAGCUGCUCCUCAAUCCACUUCUACUGAACCGGUGGAGUUGAGUGAUGAUGUCGAAGAGUCUGGGGAUCAGGGUGUUGAAGCGGGUUCUGAGAGGGAGAAGAAGUUAGUUGUUCAUGGCAAAAAGGGUUCGGCCAAGAAGGUUGCUGCUACACCUGUUCAGGGUUCUUCGAGUAUGGACGUUGAAGGGUUGGAUCCGGAUGCGGUUUAUGUGCCCUGUUGGUCGGUGAAAGUUGAUGAUAGUUUUAAAGAUGCUGCUGUUUGUGAAGAGGCCUUGAGUCAUAUUGCUCCCCCUUUGGUUCACAAGACUAUCUCCGAAAUGGAUGAUGAUGUGAUGUUGUCUCAUAUGAUUCUCAGUACUUGCAACCUUGCUGCUAUGCUUCCUCAGGGCGUUGCCCGUUUUCGUCAGAGGAUGCAAGAGUAUGAAGAGUUUUCCAAGAAGAAAGAUAAGAUGAAGUCCUCGAUGGCAGCAAUGAAGAAGGAGAUAAGCAGCUUUGCUGAGAAGGAGGAAGCUUGGUCGAAGAAGGUUGAAGGCUUGUCAAGGCAGCAUGAGAUUGAGAUGAUCGACUUUAAGAAGAGUUUUGAGGCUGAUCGGUUGAGGCUAAAGGCAGACAGGGAGGCUUUAUCUGUUGCUCAGAAAGCCUUUGAUGAAGAGAAAGAGAGCCUCAAGGCUUCGGUUUCUCGUGCAACUAGUGAUAACCAGUGGUUGAUUGAGCAGGGCUUUCAACAGGUUGUCACCUACCUGCUUCAUUCUGCCGAGUUUAACUCCGCUCUUGGUGAUGUUUAUACAAAGUUGCUUAAUUUGGGAAAACACCAAGGUCUCGUUGCUGGUUACAAGUUGCAUGAAGCUGGGCAUUCUUUGGAAAAGUCCCCCUUAUUUCGUCCCGACGCUUCUGAUGUUUUCAAGGGCUCAGUUGAACAGAUGGAGAGGCUACCUAUCCUUAUGUUCACCAGGUUUCCUCUUGCUUUGGUAAGCCUUUGUCUGUUUUACAGGAUUUGAAACCGGAGGGUCUAAAUGAGAAAGUUUGCACUGAGGUCUUGGGCUCACUUUCGAAGAAAAGAUCUUAUUCUGGAGAUAGUGAUGAUACCCUCUCGAGUAUGCCGGAUACUUCGACGGAUGUUGGUUUGGAGACCUCAGCGGUUGGUGGUGAUGGUGGUGCAAAGGUUAAGAAGCCCAAGAAAGCUAAGAAGGCCAAAGCUGAUGGUUCUGGUGUCUCCAAGCCUUCUGCCAUCUAAUGAUUAUUCGUAGCUUUCUUAGCAAAACAAUUUAUGGUUUGUAAUGUUAUU